UUUUGUAUAAAAAUCUGGUAGCCUUUUUAUCGCAGCACGUGUGAUUUGUUUAGAUUCCUUUGGCUUUGUAAUUUUUGCGCCGGUCUUCAAUUAUAAUUAAAAGACUUAAAACUAUUUAAUAAUGGUUUUCUUCACCUGUAACCAUUGUGGCGAAUCAGUAAAAAAGCCUGCUGUCGAAAAGCAUUACAAUACAAAAUGCCGUGGUGCUACAGUAAAUGUAUCGUGCAUGGAUUGUCUCAAAGAUUUCUAUGAAAAAGAAUAUGUGGCGCACACCAAAUGCAUUUCAGAAUUACAAAAAUAUUCCGGUAAGGAUUAUGUGCACAAAGAGGCGAAAAAUAGUGGUGCCAAAAAGCAAGAAAGCUGGAUGGAUAUCAUACGUGCUAUACUUGACUCCAGCGAUUACAAACUGAGUGAACAGGCACGCAGUGCAUUCCAACGUUUGCAGAGUGUUGACAAUGUACCACGGAAAAAGGCGAAAUUUCAAAAUUUUGUUAAAAACUGUAUGCAUAUGCCAAUGCGUUUAGCGGAGGAAGUGUGGAAUGUACUGGAAAAGGAGCAGGAAAAAAUGAAGUUGGCGAAACAAGAAGAAAACGCGGCGGCAAAUGCUGCUAAAGCAGAAAUCAAUUCCAAGCAAAACGGUGUAAAACGUGAGGCCACCGAAGACAAUGAAAAUGAAGAACCUGCUAAGAAAAAAUCCAAAAAGAAUAAAUCAGAGGAAAAUGAAAAGCAUGUAGAGCUUGUGAACGUAACUGAUGACAGUGAAGAACCGAAAAAUAAAAAAUCAAAGAAACAAAAAGCGGCUAAUGUGGAAUCUGCUGUACUUGCCGAAACAAAUGGAGAUAGUGAAUCUGGGAAAAAGAAAUCGAAAAAAGAAAAGCAGGAAGUCGAAGCAGUGGAGAUGGAGACGCAUGAUACUACAAUAGAAUCAAAUGCGGAAACUACUGAUGAUUUCGAAUGGGCUGCGAUACUGGAAAAGAUUGUGAAAAAGAAUGUCGAAGGCAUUACGUUAGAGAAAUUGAAGAAACGUGUUUUGAAGAAAUACACAGCUAAAAUAGGCUCUGAAGAUUUGACGGAAAAGCAAGUGAAAAAGUUUGAAAAGAAAUUUGGAAAAAAUUUAAAAAAAUCCACCACAGUUCAAGUUGUAGGCGAGCUCGUAACAGCCUGCUGAAGUUCAACUGCCUAUUUGGGAAUUAAAUAGUUUACCAAAUUUGUGUAAUUUUUAGAAAUUUAAGAGUACACAAAUAUUCUAGUAUGUAAAGUAUAAAUAGGUACAUAGUUUUUUGUAUAUGUAUGGGCUAUGAAUAUAAAUAUUUCUAAUAAAUAAACAUUUAUAUUUAUUAAUUAAAA